AUGUCGGAUGUUCCGUCGUUGUGUUCGGUGUUCAGUAGAGACUCUACAUCGUCUCGUGUGGGUGAUAUAGGUGUGGGUGAUACAGGUGUGGGUGAUAUAGGUGUAGGUGAUAUAGGUGUGGGUGAUACAGGUGUGGGUGAUAUAGGUGUGGGUGAUGCAGGUGUGGGUGAUACAGGUGUGGGUGAUGCAGGUGUGGGUGAUGCAGGUGUGGGUGAUGCAGGUGUGGGUGAUACAGGUGUGGGUGAUACAGGUGUGGGUGAUAUAGGUGUGGGUGAUAUAGGUGUGGGUAAUAUAGGUGUGGGUGAUACAGAUGUGGGUAAUACAGGUGUGGGUGAUACAGGUGUGGGUGAUAUAGGUGUGGGUGAUACAGAUGUGGGUGAUACAGGUAUGGGUGAUACAGGUGUGGGUGGUACAGGUGUGGGUGAUAUAGGUGUGGGUGAUACAGAUGUGGGUAAUACAGGUGUGGGUGAUACAGGUGUGGGUGAUAUAGGUGUGGGUGAUACAGAUGUGGGUGAUACAGGAUCAGGACGAAAGGUCAUUGGUGGAGACUAUGAAGUCUCAGACGAGUCAUACGGAUGUAAAGGAAGCGAUUCAAUGAAUGAAAAGUGA